GUAUUUGUAGGGCAUCCAACCCUGCCUUCAUGGCUUCUCGUCACUCUUUCAUGCCUCAGACUCAUAAUGUCAUCUUCUAAAAUGCCCCUUUCCAUGUCCUCCAAGCUGGCCAGCAUCUCGGUGCUUGCUACUCUGCUUGCCGGAGUGACCGGCCAGGGUUGCGGCACUCAGAACUCCGCCAGCGAUUGCGAGAUCUACGCUCUCCCAGUCCAAUACUCUACCGUUUAUUUUGCUCCCGACGACUGCCUGGAUAUAAGCUUCUAUGAUGCUUAUUCGAAUGGCUGCACUUCUGGUUCCUCCGCAGAGAUAUCCCUCUAUAGCGGCACCAUUGCUAGCGGGGGAAAUCUCAUUACUGACUGUGGCUGCCUCCCUCUCGACGGAAACACAUACAACAUCAACUGCAACGGCACAGCGAGAAACUCACUCCCCGACGGGUCGUUUUACUUCCAGGUUGGUGGUAUUGCCUUCGAUCCGUUUACCGUCACGCACAGCCAGCAGACAGAUACAGCGCCGACUCCCACUAGCACCGCAACUUCGUACACCACCGAGACCGAUAUCGUGACAACUACAACUACAAACACGAUAACUUCGACGUCUUCACAAACGACCGUUACCAGCCCGGCAGCAUCCGCGACAAACACCAUCACCGUGACUCCAAGCCCGGUGACUUCCACCACCACAACAACUCACACCCACACGAAGACACACUUGCGCUACACUGUUGUCCGCACGACGACAACCAGCUACGCCCACUGCAGACCGAUUGAGACGUGCCCCAGUCAGCCCAGAAGAUCUAGACAUCACCGUGCUCCUCGUGACACUCCUCGCGACACUAGCCCUCGAGAAGCGGGCCCCGACAGUCCCAGGCUGGUCGCACGUCAAUGUGCUGGCAACCCAACUCCUACAGGCGACGGACCGCUGACCAUCACCCUCACGCCUAGCGCCGUCGUGCUAACUGUCACAUCUAACGGUGGUACGAGCACGGAAACCGAUACGACAGGCGUAGUCACGACUACUACUGUUCCGGCUACCCCAGCAACGAGCACCCUCUACUCCGGCACUGCGACCACGGACAUCACGACAACGAUAAAAGCAGUGACUGUCAGCGUCACAGAUCAUACCAGGGUACAAGCCACGAAGACCAAACUGCACACAUUCACCCAGACGAUCAUUGUCAUUACGACUCCUGUGUGCCGGAGAUUCUGAUUGGCUCGAGAAGGCACUAAGCAAUUGGAGAAGAUGAGGUUCGGGGGAGCACUGUACGUUAGAUGAUGUGGUGGUUGUGGACACUGCCGAGUCUGCGAUGCUAUCGCCACAGGGUGUGUUUUCGUGUCAAAUGAAUGAUCCUUGUCAGCGCAAUCGUGAGAGGAUUAGUGUAACGCAGCAGCAGCGAGGAGUAUUUUGGCCAAUUCAAGAGCGUCCAGAAUGAUGAAUGCCACUACCGUCUCUCCUCCUUUGACAAUACACC